AUUGAUAUAAAUUUUAAUGUGUGGUGUUUAAAUUCACAAUCUGAUAUGUCAUAUACGAAAUGUUUAAAUAAUGUGAAUUAUAGUCUAUAAUAGCGAAAUUUAAAUGUGUAAUUCAAAUUCACAGUCAACGUUAUUUUCACAGCCAAUUAAUUUGUUGUCAUCAUUCUAGUUUUUUGUUUUUUUUUUUUCCUUCUUAUUUGAGCUAUUAGCAAUAUAUACCAAAUAUUCAUAGGCCUAACACAUUUUGAUUUGGUUUCUUGUUUUGAAAUUUUCCAGGCAAGUCGCAGUGCUGUACAGCAAUAUUUACCAGGUUUCUGCCUCCUGAAUUAACCCAAAUAUAUUGACAUCACAAAUCUUAGCUGGCUCUGCUUAUCUUUUCUCUCCACCCAACACACUCAACUCUGUGAUUUCCAAACCUUCAUUGAAACACGCCAAGCUACAGAGAGGCCGAUGUCACACUAUGCAGCUAUAUAACUCUAUGCAUCUCCCCAGUGAGCCUCACCCAUGCCAAGCUCAAGCCCCUCUAGAAUUUGGUCUCAAGGCCUUAAAUCUUGACCUCAAAAAAAACACCCCUCACAAAAACUGCUCCAUGAUGCUGUCUGAUCUUCUCUCUCCAACUUCUUCAUCUCUCUUGUCUGGAGACUAUAUUGGAAUGGAGAGCUCUGUGGACGUGCAGAAAGACUGUGAGAAGGACCAGGUGGUGCCAAAUGAUGAUGAGGAGGAGGAGGAGGAGGGUCAAAGUGGUAAUUUCAGGCAGAGGCUGAUGGGUAGGAGGGAGCAAAAAUGGGCAAUGAGGAACAAGGAGUUUCCUCCUCCUAUACCUUUGUUGGCUCGCACUGAGAACUUGCCUUCUCAUAUGCCUUGGGUGUUGAAAAGGCAUUAUACAAGUGAUGGGAGGUUGAUUUUGACUGAGGAGAAGGUUAGGCACCAUGAGUACUUCAGGGCUCAUAGGUCUAAUGGCAGGCUCACUUUGCAGCUUGUGCCUUUGGAUGAUGAAGUUUUGAUUUCCCCAGUUGCUUGUGAUGAGGGAAAUAAAGAUGGGAAUGGGAAUGAUAAUGAGUAUGAUGAUCAGGACCCACAAUGUGAUGAUCAUGGUGAUCAUGAUGAUGAAGAAUAUGAUGAGGGAAAAAAAGAUGGGAAUGGAAAUGGGAAUGAGAAUGAGUAUGAUGAUCAGGACCCACAAUGUGAUGAUCAUGGUGAUCAUGAUGAUGAAGAAUAUGAUGAGGAUAUUGAUGGUGAUGAUGAUGAUGGUUAUGUUGAUGAUGAUGAUCAUGUGGUUGAAGAUCAAUCAAUAAGUGGGAAUAUUGGCGGAUCAGCAGCAGGGAAGUGCUUCAAUUUCAACAGUGUGGGAACAGGAUCACCUUGCAUCUUUGGAGUGCCAGUGCCGGCCAUCAGGCAGGUUCACAGUUAA